AUGACGUCAACAUCGCCAACGUACCCAGUGCUCUUCUCUGGCUCGUUGCGCUUCAACUUGGAUCCGUCGGGUUCGGCAUCCGACGACGAGCUCUGGACGGUCCUCAAGCAAGUGCACUUGGGUGACGGCAUUGCGUCGCUGGACGACGAGGUGGCCGAGCGCGGCAGCAACUUUUCCGUGGGCCAGCGCCAGCUGCUCUGCAUUGCGCGCGCUUUGCUCCGGAAGAGCAAGGUGGUCGUCCUCGACGAAGCGACGGCCAACAUCGACCUCGAGUCGGACAAGCGCAUCCAGGCGACCAUCAAGGAGUGCUUUGUCGGUAUCACGAUGCUCAUCAUCGCCCAUCGGCUCGAUACGAUCAUCGACUCGGACCGGAUUCUGGUGCUCGAUGCGGGUCGCGUCGUCGAGUACGACACGCCGACGGCGCUGCUGGCGAUUCCGGACGGGUCGUUUGCCAAGCUCGCCGAGCAGGCGCACCUCCAGAUGUAA